CUCGCCGGCCUCCCUCCGCGCCGGUGCGCGGCGCCCCGUCCCAGCCGCAGCCACAGCGGCCGCCCCGCCCGGACCCGAGAGCUGCGGAGCCGCGAGGCCGGGCUGGGGCGCCGGCCGGGAAUGCCGGGGGCGCGGCGCCGACGCCGAGGCGCGGCCAUGGAGGGGAAGCCCCGCGCCGGGGUCGCGCUGGCCCCGGGGCCGAGCGGCCGAGGGCCUUCCGCCCGCCGCCGCCGCCGCCGCCCGGGGUUGCUGCUCCCCGGCCUCUGGCUGCUGCUGCUGGCCCGGCCGGCCUCGUGCGCCCCAGAUGAGCUCUCUCCGGAACAGCACAACCUUUCCUUAUACUCCGUGGAGCUCGUGCUGAGGAAAAGCACUGGGCACAGCGCUGCACAAGUGGCCUUAACAGAAACUGUGCCAGAGUCCCAGCACAGCAGUCCUCUCCAUGUCACAGCCCCGCCAUCUGCCACUACUUUUGAUAUAGCCUUUUUUAACCAAGGAAAACAGACUGAAAGUACAGCAGCUCACAGCAUCUUUGUGGCAACUUACGUGUCAGUGACGAGUAAUGAGGUGGCCGUCGAUGAUGAUGAGAUGGAUAACUUUCUGCCAGAUACUCACUGGGCCACUCCACAGAUGGUUUCUCCAAUACAAUAUAUCACUGUCAGCCCACCGGGGCUGCCCAGGGGAGCGUUGGAAUCCAUGCUCACUCCAUCGUUACCCAUGGUUUCUUUACAAGAUGAAGAAGUGACAUCGGGCUGGCAGAACACAACGCGACAACCAGCAGCAUAUGCUGAGUCCUCCAGUCAUUUCCACGCCUUUCGGUCAGCUUUUCGCACCUCUGAGGGCAUUGUUCCAACUCCUGGCAGGAAUUUGGUGCUUUAUCCUACUGAUGCUUACAGUCAUUUAUCAGGCAGGACUCUGCCAGAGAUGGUGGCUUCCCUAACAGAGGGUGUGGAAACCCCCCUUUUUUUAAGCUCCCGGUCUUUAAUGACGCAGCCAUUAGGCGAUGGCAUUACUAGACCGUUUCCCUCCUUGGGGGAGGUCUCACAGCCUCCAGAGGAGGUUUGGGCCACAAGUACAGACAGAUACCCUGAUGUGACCACUGUGUUGAGUCAAAGUCUAGAAGAAACCACCUCUCCAAGAACAUACUCUACUGUGACUGUGUCGCACACUGCCCUUGCAUUUGGCAGGACACAUUCUGCGUGGCUUUCAACCUCUCUUGCAUUUGUGUCCUUUUCUGCUCCACCAACCGAUGUUUCUUCUAAGCCCUUUCUCCCUAGUGACUCCAGCAAGACAUCAGAAUUGCUCAGCCAUUCAGCUCUCUCCAGUCCUGUGGACAGCACUCCCCUCCUGAGCCCGGUGUCUUCAUUCAGACCAUACACUUGGUGCGCAGCCUGCACUGUGGCUUCACCUCAGCACGUUCUGGCCACAAGCCUCGUGGAGAAAGAUGUGGGAUCAGGGGAUGGUGCAGAGACCCUGACCAUGACUGUGCUGGAAGAAAGCAGCAUCUCUCUAAUGAGUAGCGUCAUAGCAGACUUCUCUGAAUUUGAGGAAGAUCCUCCAGUGUUUAAUACGCUUUUCCCCUCUAGACCUGUGGUCCCACUUUCUUCCAGAUCCAUGGAAAUCUCAGAGAUGAGUGUUGGUGUUUCCACCGAGGUGGAUGUGAGCAGCGUUACAACCACACAGGCUCCCCCUGCACAUGGCCACCUCUCUGUGCCAGCGUCACUCCAUUCCGCUGCUGGCUUCUCGUCUGUUGCAGAAACGCAGGUGACACCGUCCAGCGUGACCACUGCAUUCUUCUCGGUCAUCACCAGCAUUCUCCUUGACUCAUCUCUCUCUGCCAUAGCGAACAAAAACACACCAUUGCCUGCCGUCAGAGACCCAAGUGUUGUUACGCCUUACAGCGUGGUUCCUUCAGUGGAGUCUUCACUUUUCUCUGACCAAGGUUCUUUCAGUUUUUCCGAUUGUAAACCCGGAGGUGCUUUGGAUUUCGCAUCCAGCUUUUUCUCAACACCCCCGCUGGAACUCAGCGGCUCCAUCUCUUCACCUGCAGAAGCGUCUCUGUCUCUGAUGCCGAGUGACCUGUCCCCCUUCACGUCUCAGCCUUUUUCUACCUUGACUGAGACAUUUAGAUUGUUCCACUCAAGUGAUCUGCAGUCAUCUCGGCUGUUUCUUCCCAGCUCCACAGAUCUUGAGUUUUCGCAGCUGCAGCCAAGUUCUGCGCUGCCUUUAAACACCGUCACUUUCCUACCUAGUCUCUCUGAAGCGUCGCCACGGUCAAGCUUCCCCUCUGAUUCUCUGUUUUUUGUUGAAGCAUCGAUGGUUUCACUGACGGAUUCAGAAGCUCAUUUUACCUCAGCUUUCACUGAAACUACCUCCUAUCUUGAGUCUUCACCCUCUUUGCGUGAAUCCGCAGUCACCACACUGGUGCCCCCCAGCUCUGGGUCUUUUGACAUCUUGACUGCUGGGAUUCAUGCAACUUCAUUGACCACUGUCCACACAACGCCCGUUUUACCUGCGUUUUCUUUGUUCUCAACUUUGACACCUCCGGAUGAUCAAAUCAGUGCUACAGACAGUCAUGUGUCUGUCCUAGCCUCUUUCUCCAAAGCCAUUCCCACUGGCACGGUGUUGAUCACUGACAUGUACCCACCAGCAGGGUCCUCGUUUGUUUCUGAAGCGACCCUCUUCCCUCUGCCCACAGAGCUGACUGCCGUGGACGCAUUGCUCACACCCACAGAGGUGCCACUGAACAGCUCCACGGAAGUGAGCCCACCCAGCACCGGUGCUGCCACUGCUGGUCCCCUUGACUCCACCCUGAUGAGCGAUGCCCUAAGUCAGAGUCCCCCAGAGAGCAGCGCUGCUCCUCCCCUGCCGUCCCUGCGUCCUGUGACCACCUUCACUCUCGAAGCAACAGUCGACACACCAACACUGGCCACUGCCAAGCCGCCAUACGUUUGUGAUAUCACAGUCCCUGAUGCCUAUCUGAUCACAACUGUGCUGGCCAGAAGAGCUGUGCAGGAGUACAUCAUUACAGCAAUUAAAGAAGUACUGAGGAUUCACUUCAACCGUGCAGUGGAACUGAAGGUUUAUGAGCUAUUUACUGACUUCACUUUCCUGGUGACGUCCGGUCCUUUCGUUUACACGGCAGUAUCGGUCAUAAAUGUGCUUAUAAACAGUAAGCUCGUGCGCGACCAGACUCCUUUAAUCUUGUCUGUGAAACCUUCCUUCCUUGUGCCAGAGUCCAGGUUCCAAGUUCAAACAGUACUUCAGUUUGUGCCUCCAAGUGUGGACACCGGCUUCUGCAACUUCACCCAGCGCAUCGAGAAAGGCCUAAUGACAGCUCUCUUUGAAGUGAGAAAACACCACCAGGGAACGUAUAACCUCACGGUGCAGAUCUUGAAUAUCACCAUCAGUUCCUCAAGGGUGACUCCUCGGCGGGGCCCGGUGAACAUCACCUUUGCAGUUAGAAGCACACAGGGAUUCUUGAAUGGGUCGGAAGUGAGCGAGCUGCUGAGGAACUUGAGUGUGGUGGAGUUCAGUUUCUAUCUGGGAUACCCGGUGUUGCAGAUUGCAGAGCCCUUCCAGUAUCCACAGCUCAACUUAUCUCAGUUGCUGAAGUCCUCUUGGGUCAGGACAGUUCUCUUGGGUGUCGUGGAGAAGCAGCUCCAGAAUGAAGUGUUUCAAGCAGAGAUGGAACGCAAGCUGGCCCAGCUGCUCAGCGAGGUUUCCACCAGACGCCGGAUGUGGAGAAGGGCCACUGUAGCUGCAGGGAACAGUGUGGUGCAGGUGGUAAAUGUGUCGAGGCUGGAGGGAGAUGACAAUCCUGUACAGCUCAUCUACUUUGUGGAGGAUCAAGAUGGAGAAAGACUCAGUGCAGUCAGGUCUUCGGACCUGAUUAACAAGAUGGACCUCCAGAGAGCAGCCAUUAUCUUGGGUUACCGAAUUCAAGGCGCCAUUGCCCAGCCUGUGGACAGAGUGAAGAGGCCGUCUCCCGAAUCCCAGAGCAACAACCUGUGGGUCAUUGUUGGCGUGGUCAUCCCGGUGCUGGUGGUGAUGGUGAUUGUUGUCAUCCUCUACUGGAAACUCUGCCGCACAGACAAGCUGGACUUUCAGCCUGACACCGUGGCCAACAUUCAGCAGCGUCAGAAGCUGCAGAUCCCUAGUGUGAAGGGUUUCGAUUUUGCUAAGCAGCAUCUGGGUCAACACAAUAAAGACGACAUAUUGAUUAUUCAUGAGCCUGCACCACUGCCAGGACCUGUAAAGGACCACACCACGCCCUCGGAAAAUGGAGACGUGCCAAGCCCCAAGUCAAAGAUCCCGUCCAAGAACGUCCGUCACAGAGGAAGAGUUUCUCCCUCAGAUGCUGACUCUACGGUCAGCGAAGAGUCCAGUGAAAGGGACGCAGGAGAUAAGACACCGGGAGCCAUCAACGACGGCGGGUCCCACAGAGUCCCGCAGAGCGGACCACCACUGCCCAGUUCAGGAAAUGAGCAGCACUCAUCAGCCUCCAUCUUCGAGCACGUGGACAGGAUCGCCCGCCCCCCGGAGGCUAGCCGGCGGGUCCCCAGUAAGAUCCAGCUUAUCGCCAUGCAGCCGAUCCCGGCACCCCCUGUGCAGCGCCCUUCCCCAGCUGACCGAGUGGCAGAAACCAAUAAAAUCAACAAAGAGAUUCAGACCGCUCUGCGCCACAAGUCUGAGAUCGAGCACCACCGCAACAAGAUCCGCCUGCGCGCCAAGCGCCGCGGCCACUACGAGUUCCCGGUGGUGGACGACCUGUCCUCGGGCGACACCAAGGAGCGGCACCGGGUAUACCGCAGGGCGCAGAUGCAGAUCGACAAGAUCUUGGACCCCACGGCCAGCGUGCCCUCCGUGUUCAUAGAGCCCAGAAAGAGCUCACGGAUAAAACGUUCUCCCAAGCCUCGCCGGAAACACCAGGUCAACGGCUGUCCUGCUGAUGCUGAGAAGGACAGGCUCAUCACCACAGACAGCGAUGGCACCUACCGGAGGCCCCCCGGUGUCCACAACUCAGCCUACAUUGGAUGCCCAUCGGAUCCUGACCUCCCAGCCGAUGUGCAGACACCAUCUUCGGUGGAACUGGGGAGGUAUCCAGCCCUUCCCUUCCCGGCCUCUCAGUACAUCCCGCCCCAGCCAUCCAUCGAGGAGGCACGCCAGACCAUGCACUCCCUCCUGGACGACGCCUUUGCCCUUGUGGCCCCCAGCAGCCAGCCUGCUAAUGCCGCAGGUGCGGGCCCAGGAGUCCCACCAGGCCUGCCCGUGAACAGCACCCCUUCCCGGGAAGAAAGGCGAGCCACCCAGUGGGGGUCCUUCUACAGCCCAGCCCAGACAACCAACAAUCCCUGCAGUAGAUAUGAAGACUAUGGAAUGACUCCCCCAGCGGGUCCGUUGUCAAGACCAGGUUUUAGCCCCGGUUUGCUGCAGUCUUCAGAGCUGGUGCCUCCUGACUCCCAGCAGUCACAGGCGUCUGCCGAAGCCCCGUUUGCUGCCCGAGGGAUCUACUCAGAGGAGAUGCCGUCGGUGGCCCGGCCUCGGCCUGUCGGGGGCACCACAGGCUCCCAGAUCCAGCACCUGACGCAGGUGGGAAUUGCCAGCAGAAUGGGAGCUCAGCCGGUAGAAAUCCCAUCAAGCAGAGGCAGCCAGUAUGGAGCGCCAGGCUGGCCUUUGUACGGGGAAGAUGAAGCGGGGCGAAGAGAGGCCACACACAUGCUCGGACAUCAAGAGUAUUCUUCUUCACCGCUAUUUCAGGUGCCAAGGACUUCAGGCAGGGAGCCCUCAGCUCCUCCUGGGAACCUCCCCCACCGGGGGCUGCAGGGCCCUGGGCUGGGUUACCCCACCAGCUCCACGGAAGACCUGCAGCCCGGCCACUCCUCAGCCUCUCUCAUCAAAGCGAUCCGCGAGGAGCUUCUCCGGCUCUCCCAGAAACAGAGCACCGUGCAGAACUUCCACAGCUGAUUGGCCCGCCUUGCAGAUUUGCCAAGUAUCCGCUUCCCGUGGAAGCAAGACCGAAAGGAAAUCAACUGAGUGGGUGUUUGUAAGAGGAAGGAGCACCUCCUGGGCAGCCUGCCCGCCGGAGGGAGCAAGUUGCGAUUUACAAGAUGCCAUAAGUCAUGUGACAGCUCGUGAGCCUUUCACUGGGCUGGCAAUUGUGUGACCACUUGGGUUCGGUUGAAAUGUAUGUACUUUGGCCACAAGCCAGCAGCACUUCACAAAAACAAAACAGGAAGCUAAGCUAACAAAAGGACUGCAUUGGUCUCUUUUUUAAAGGCAGUGAUUAAAAUGUAUAGAUGGCAUAGGGAUGAAAGGAACCAAGCGUUUCCAUGGGAUGGAGACUGGUACGUGUACGAUGAACCUGCUGCUUUGUUUUCUGAGAAGAGGUUUGAAGACAUUUUAUGAACAGCCUGAUUUUUCUCUUUUACUCCAUAGGAACUUAUUUUAAUAGUAACAUUAAUGACAAGAAUACUAAGACUGUUUGGGAAUUUUAAAAAGCUACUAGUGAGAAACCAAAUGAUAGGUUGUAGAGCCUGAUGACUCCACGCGAAGCCAUCACCUGCAUUCUUCCUCCUCCUCCUGGUGCUACAGUUCCAAGGGCCCUUCCCCUUCAAGUCUGAGAUGCAACUUUGGCUCUUUCAGUGGAAGAAGUUAAAGGUUUCAUUUUGUCCUGGAAAAAAAGAAAUCCCUCCCAAAGCAGGGUGAAAAGCUGAAUAUUUAUUUGGUUAUCCCAAAUACAGAUCGAAGAUUAGAUCUCUGUUCUUAAUUACUUUUGCUGUUUCUUAAUUGGGCGGACGUAACUCCUGGCCACGUCCCAGUUCAGCACCGAUCGCUAAGCCCAGUCCUACAAAAUGAGGCUUUUGAGCGGUCCUCACUGAUCCUUUCUUCCACUUUGCUGUUGAUUUGUUCACAGAUUAUGUUCGAAUGGAGAAAUCUGUAAGCAAAAGUUAUGUAAUAAUUCCCAGGACCACCAAAUUGUUAUGCAUAUAUCUCUACCAGUCACAUGCCCUGUGUUCAAAACCUGGAAAUGAAAUUGAGUUCAGCUCAGCCUCUCUGUAACGAAUCAAGCAAUGUAAAAGAGCUUUGAGACUUCAAGGGAAAGGAGAGAGUUGCUUCUCAUUUCUGAUUUUAUUGUGCUAUUAUUCUGUCGAGUGGCUAUUAAAAUUGUCUUACGCUCUUUGGGCCUAAGAGGGGAUCAUCUCGAUGAAGAUUUACUCCUGAUGUGAACAUUUCCCCACAUUCCAAAUCAUGGUAAUGAAAACAGUGACAAGGGCCAUUCUGUUUUCUGGUACCUGAGUGAAACUCAGAAGAAAAGCAGGCUUAGCUAAGAGAGUUUUCACUAUGAACCCAUUUUUAUUAGAUCAACGAAUACAGUCAUGCAUUACUUAACGAUGGGGAUGCGUUCUGGGAAAUGUGUCAUCAGGCUGUUUUGUUGCUGUGCCAACGUUCUCGAAUGUACUUAACAACCUACAUGGUCUAGCAUACUACACACCUAGGCUGUGUGACGGUCUUUACUCUUAGGCUGCAAACCUGUACAGCAUGUUACUGUGCUGAACACAGUGGUAUUUGUGUAUCUAAACAUAUCUAAACAUAGAAAAGGUAUGGUGAAAAUAGUUUUAUAAUCUUAUGGGACUACCAUCAAUAAGCAGACCGUCACUGACCGAAACAUCCUUAUGUGUGCAUGACUGUACUUUUAAUUGAAUAACAGGUGAGGGGCUAGAAUUUGGGGCUCUGACUAGUCAAAACCUAGGUAUCUGUGCCAAGUUUUGAGAUCCCUAAAACAGCUAAAACAGGUUUCCAAAAUGGAAUCACUGGAUUUCAAAACUGCCUUUCAGGCCUGUCUUACAGAUUUAGAGUCUUACAAUAUGAGGAAUGUUGGUUCUGGGGUUACGGUGGAGACAGUUUUCAUCUGGACACCUCUGAAACAGAAGGGGUGCUGGAGAGUAAGUCUCUCAAGGAUGAUAAAGGACGGGUGGCAUCUUGUCAGGCGAUCCUCAGAGGCUCCACAGAGCAUUGGAGAGAAGGCCCCCUUCUGGGCUUGACAUCGUGGUCUUGGUUUAAUACUAGGCUCUCCCCAAACUGAAGGAUUCUCUUUGCAUGUCACCCAGAAAUACCAGGUUUGCUGAAUAUUGUAUUAAGAACUUCAGAUAUCCAAGCAGAAUUUUAUUCUGGACACCGUAUAAUGAAUUCAAAUCAUGUGACAGCAAAUGGGAUAAAUGGCCCCUUCUCUUCCAGUUCUGUGUGGUGCCAUAAGGGUUUGCACAUAGCGUAUAUUAAACAUGGUGACCUCCUUUGAGCGUUGCAGAAAGAGGGCUCUGUUUCAAGUGGGCUGACUGUAACAGCAAUUUCGAUGCCUUUCAAACUACCAUAAAGGGAUUUUAACUGUAUUUUUAUUCUUAGAAACAAUAUACCUUUAAACGGAUGUCCAGACCAAAGAUGAGGUGUAAUAAACAGCCAGUAGUUACGGGGCGGUGCGAGCAGACCCCGGGUGCCCCGAUCACUGGCAUUCUGUUGGUGGUCAUAAAGCACAGGUGGUUUGCGCUUGCUUCCUCUCAAGGCCUGCCACAACAGUGUCACCAAUCACCAAACUCAGAACAAACUAGCCGUGUGGGCAUCUUCAGACACUCAGUUAACGUGAUCCGUGAAAAGAAGGUUCUCGUGUGGACAGUGUGUGGCUUUGGAGUCCAUUUCUGGAAGCGCUCUACAAUGAACAGUUGAAUUUUGUGUCUAUUCUUUUUUCCUGUUUUAAAAAGUUCUAGUGGUAACACAAACUGUACAUUUGAGUCAGAAUGUUUGGAGACAUGAUUUUUUUUUCCAGAGUCUACUGUGUCACUCACUGACCGUGUCAGAUUCCUUCUCUGAACUUCAUUCUCCCCAUCAGCUAAACAAGAACAGGCCUCCCCAGCCACCUUCCAGGCUCCCCAGUUGUGAGAAUCAGAUGCGAUCAUGUGUGCAAAUGUUCUGUGAGGGGGCAGUGUAAAGCACCGUGAAAAUGUAACGGUGCUAUGGAUGUGGAUGCCCUAGGAUGAGCGCUGUGAUACGCUACGCCCCUGCAGUGAGUGGCUUCACACGUGGGUGAUGAGCAAAUCUGAAAGUUCUGUGUGACUCAUUUCCUCACUCCCAUUUUGCUUUAAAUUCACUCCCUUCACUAAUUUUCAAAUGGCAAUUAUUAAGCAUCUUUCUGCUCCCGACUUUCUGGCGUCUCUGGCCCCUAAUAAGCCAGCAGACAAUGAGCCUUGCCUUCUGAGAUUUUAGAAUCUAAGAUAAUACUAGUGGGUAUAAAAGAUGGAAGAUACAGAUAAAUAGCAUCAAUAAGAUUCAUUCAAAGAGGUCAGGCGUGAUGGCUCAUGCCUGUAAUCCCAGUACUUAGGGAGGCUGAAGCAGGUGGAUCACUUGAGAUCAGGAGUUUGAAACCAGCCUGGCCAACAUGGUAAAACCCUGUCUCCCCAAAAAAUACAAAAAUUAGCCGGGUGUGGUGGCACAUGACUGUAGUCCCAGCUGAGGCAUGAGACUCGCUAAACCUGGGGGACAAAGAUUGCAGUGAGCUGAGAUUGUACCACUGCACUCCAGCCUGGGUGACAGAGCAAGAGUCUGUCUCAAAAAAAAAAAAAAAAAAAAAAAAAAAAAAAGACACAAAGGCAUUAGGUACCCAGAAGAAGUUACGGAAGCUGCAUGUUUGGAAAUGCAGGGUCUGGGGAGCUGUCAACUUCAGAAGUGACUUUGAAGGCAGGGCAGCUACCCAGGCAAAUGGUGUGGAAGGAAGAGCUGAGUGUGGGCUUGGGAAAGGCUAUAGGCAUGGGCUGAAGCUGCCAGUGAAAACAAACCUGAUCUUGAUCCACCUUAAUAUGGGGACAGAAUCCCCGACUGUACUAUUGAGGGAGUUUUGGAAGAGAAGGAAGAGGUGCUGGGAGGAUGCUUUUGCAGUCAUACAGCAAGGAAAUGACCAGGGCUGUGAAGAUCUACAGAGGAAGUGCUCCAGUGUGGGGAUGGGGGCAAGGGAAGAGGAUGGAAAUGAUGAGAAUGACACAGAGGUCGUUGUUUUGAGCCGAUCUCAGCUGUGUUUGGCCAAAUCCUUUGUGGAGCUUAGUGAGCUACCAAUAUAUAUAUUCAGCUUCUUUUACAGCUACCUAUAGGUUUUCUCCAAAUUUCAUUAAUUUCAUAGUGUUUUCAUUUGGGUGGCUUUUAAGCUGUGGGUGUCUGCCAGCCAGAUAUUUCCUGGCAUGCAGCCUGUGAGGCAAAGCACAGGCAAAGGUAGGCACCAAAGGCUUUGGGCUAAAACCAGCAGUUCUGUGCUGCAGGAGUCUCGCAUUUCCCGUGGACGAGGUCACUGUUCCUGCAUUUGCACAGUAAGUGCUCCAGAGACCAAACCAGUCAUUCGGAUACUGAUUUGCAAUGCGUUGGUGGUAAUUCACAAAUUAAUCAUUACGUAAACCUCUCUUACCCCUUUCAUACUAGAUUCUCAGACAUGAAUGAAUUUGCCGUUUGGAAGGAAAGCUGGUUAAGGUUCUGGGCACAGGGGUAGGGGGACUUCAGUCUUAACUCCCACACUAACUUUAGUGGAGUUUUCACUGUCAUCAUUUCUACCUCCGGAGCAAGGCUCCAACACCAGUCGCAGAGCCUGCUUAUCCACAUUUGCCCUGGCCAGGAGCAGGAGAAAGUUCACUUCUGCACCAGCAGACAGCAUGUGAACACAAAACACAUUUCUAUGGCAUAGUCAGUUGAACUUCACUUUUACAUUUAACAUGUUAACACCUUCUAACAGGGUUUCUAUGAGCAGCUGCUGUAACAUAAAAUGUAAUGGACUUAACGCUUGUUAUCUAGUGAACAAGGAGUGUGUGCACUUCAGGUUUCUUUUGAUAUUCUUGGAGGUGAUGGUCAGUGUUGAAAUAAGGACUACUUUCUUCACUAUGAAGAUGACUUGAAAAUUGCAACAUCAUGGUACAUUGCUAAGUUCAUGCUUGUGUGUGUGACAGUAGACUUGAUAAUUUAUCUUAAAACACAGCAGCAUUGAAAUUUAGGAAAAGAAUAUUAAAUGCCUUUGGAAACAUGAAAUAAAGUUAGGAGCCAGUGAGAAAGUGACAAGCAAUGAAUGUCUUAAUGCACUAUAGUUAAAACAGCUUCCCACAGGGUAGAGAAUUAUCCAGGAUCCUUGCUUUUCCUUCCUCCAGGUCUUUCAGGGGUCACUUCACAUUUCUAAAAAACAGUGAGUAGUCUGGGCAUGGUGGCUCACCCCUCUAAUCUCGACAUUUUGGGAGGCUGAGACAGGAGGAUCGCUUGAGGCCAGGAGUUUGAAACCAGCUUGGGCAACAUAGUGAGACCCCAUCUCUACAAAAAAUUUAAAAAUUACCUGGGCAUGGUGGCAUGUGCCAGUAGUCACAGCUACUCAAAAGGCUAAGACUGGAGAAUUGCUUGAGCCAAGGAGUUGGAGGCUGCAGUGAGCUAUGAUCAUGUCACUGCACCCCUGACUGGGCUACAGGGUGAUGUCCCAUCUCUGAAAAAAAAAAAAAAAAAAAAAGUGAAUAGGUAAAAGGGACAGAGGUGAAAUUUUGAGUGAUUUGAGACUCUUGCAGUCCCUGAAUACAUAGAACUGUGUUUCUGGGCUACUUGAAGCAUCAGCAAUAGUGUUUCUAGUACUUGCCAGAUUUCAAGUAUUCAUAACUUGACUCCCUAAGUGACAAGUUGGGAACAGUACAGAGCCAAGUUCAAGUCACAUACCCUGUACUGUGCCUCCUGCAAAUGUGGGGAGAGAAGAGGGAGGUACUAGAGGAAUUGAGGCUCCACUCAUUCAUUUAGUUGCUCUAAGUACCAGAGGACUCGUUUCAGAGAAGGGGAGUAGAAACACCUGCAACUGUGCCCUCCUCCAGAGCAUCUCUGGGACGCAUGGAGCCUGCGCUAGCGUGAACAGGAAAGGUUGCUCGGCAGUUUCCCUGGCGUGCCGACUUGUCUCCCCCUCCUUUGUCAAGGUCCAUGUUUUCCUGGCUCUCCCUGCACACUCAUUCCAAGACUAUGAGCGUUCAUGCACGAAAAUGUGCAGAGCAAAUUGAGGCCACCUGUGGCGUCAAUAUUGCAACUUAAACUUGACAAUCAUAGUUUGCUGGUCUCAAACAGGCACUUAAAUCUCAGUAUGGGUAUACGGUUUAACAAUCGACCCCGCCCUUCUAUUUGUCAGUUAUGUUUCUAUCCUUCAAUAGCUGCACUGUUUUCUAAUGUGCUGUAGAGUUUUUGAAAUAAUUUAUGCAAGUAUUUGGUUUCCAUGUUUACAGUUUAUACAGCUUUCCUAGCAUUUUAAAUGGAAAUGUCAAUAAAUGCUAUGAAUUGGUGUCAAA